CGUAACUUCAUCAUUAUAUUUCUUCUAUUCCAGGUUAUCAUCAUAUCGCUCACAUCGCACCAUCCACCAUCCAUUUGACCGACAUUCACGAAACAAAAACAAAGUCUCACAUCUCAUUCAUUCAUUUAUUCGACACCACCACCACACAUAGCCAACCACAUUAAGGACAACACCCACCGCAUCCCUCAACUGGCAAAAAGAGUCCUUCAACAGCCCAAAGCCAUCAUCAUCCACCAGCAUUGCACCAAGCCUACGACCAACCAAAAAUGUCAUCCCCAGCAGAAUCCCGCAUCCAAUCCCAAAAACUCCGCUACUGCCGCUACAUCGACACCCAACAAUUCCCCCUCCUCACCUCCCUCAUCCUCCCUUCUUGUACCUUUAACUUCAUCGACUAUUUCUCCUCCUCCCCCAUCGUCGAACCGUCCGCCGCAGGGCCCGUCACCUUGGCUUUCGACUCCCUGGCGUCUUGGACCGCAUACUUCUCCGACAAAUUCAAAGGCCUACAGACGAUGCAUCUGGUUUCGGGGGCGGGAGAGUUCACCAGCAUCAGUGAGGAUGAGUACGAGGUUAUCUUUGCAGUGAUUUACCAUGCGGCGCCAAAGGAGGGGGAGACAGGGUGGCAAGGGGCCGGGGGUGGACAUUAUCAUGAGCGGUGGGUGAAGGGGAAGGAUGGAGAGGGGAAAGAGGAUUGGUUUUUGAAGAGUGUGAGGUUCGAAAGGCUGUAUUGGAAGUAUACUGAGUGAGAGAGAGGUUGGAAGGUUUGGGGGAUGUUCGAAGUCGGAGGAAUGGGGCUUGAGGGGAAAUUCGGGAACAACAAGAACGUCGUUAGGUAGGUACGCUCUGUCUAGCUGGAAGGAAUCAUCGAGUAAACGACAAGCAGAGCAGGGAAGAUACGUUGGGGUAUGGCAAUUUGAAUGAAAGUGUUAACUGAAUCUCGCUCAUGACCUUGUUGAAAGGCAGCAACAUGAUUAGUUGUCUGUUGAGAGCUGAUGGGCUCGAUGGAAAGAAUGACAAACUAUUAAACGU